AUGAGGACUUGCCUCCUGGGGGCCCCCAGGCAGCGGGUCCCACAAGGGGCCCCUCUCCUGCAGCAGGCCCUGCCCCACCCCGUGGGCACAAAGGGCCCCGGGGGGCCCCCCAGUGCCCUCCAGACCCGCCGCUGGGGGGCCCCCUACCCGGGGGCCCCUUCCCUCUUGCGGGGGCCCCCCCCCCAAGGGUGGGGGCCCCCCGAACUGCUGCCAAGAGGGCCCUCCGUGGCUGCUGCCUUAGGGGGCCCCCCCGGGCGUCGCGUGGGGACCCCUCCGGCGGCCUUUGGGGGGGCCCCCGGGCGCGUGGGGGGCCCCCAGGGGGCCCCCUUUUUGGCAUUUUUCUUGCGUCCCUUCUCUUCGCACUUGCUGGCCCAGCUGGGGCCCCCCGAGCUGCUGCAGCUCGCCAAAGAGCUGCAGCAAGAGCCCCUCAUGAAGGCUGAGCAGGGCCUUUCUGCUGCAGCUGUAGCAGCAGCGGUGCGGCGGGCCCAACGGGCCUGCCGGGGGGCCCCCACCCCGGGGGCCCCCGGCCCCCAGAGGCCGCUGCAGCAUCGGCUGGGGGGCCCCCCGGGGGCCCCUGUUGCUGCAGAUGAGAUCUGGGGGCAGCUUCUGUUUCUCCUCCACGGGGGGCUGCAGCAGCUGCAGCCCGGGGAGCUCUGUACCUUGCUGCGCGUCUUGGCAGAGGGGGGCCCCCAGGGGCCCCUGGGGGGCCCCCAGGGACACCUCAAGGGGCCCCGGAGUCUUUUGUACCCUAAAGAAGAGGGCCCUGCAGCAGCAAACUCCCCAGAGGGCAAGCCCAUGCCUGGGGGCCCUCUGCAUGCAGCAGCAGCAACAGCAGCAGCAGCAGCAGCAGCAGCAGAAGGAAGGGGAGCUGCAGGGGGCCCACAGGGGGGCCCCGCGGAGCCCGACUUAUGUAUCCGGAGAGGGGCCCUCGGGAGGGGCCCCCAAUGGUGCCCUGAUUUGCUGCGGGACCUGGAAGAGGAAGAGGCUGCGGCUCUGCAGCAGCUGGGGGCCCCCUUAGGCGUGGGGGCCCCCCCAGCUGCUGCUACUGCGGGGGCCCCCACAGCUGCUGCUGCUGCGGGGGCCCCCCUAGCUGCUGCUGCUGCGGGGGCCCUCGUGGAGGUCUGGCAUGCUGCGCUCUCUCUUCAGCUGCAUGUGCCGCUGCUUGCUGCUGCUGCUCUGCGGGGGGCUGAGGAGACUCUAAUGCUGCUGCCGCUGGCCAGUAAGAUCCAUUUUGCUGCUGCUGCUGUUGCUGCUGCUGCUGCUGCUGAUCACUGCCCGUUCACUGCAGCACUCGCGCGAACGCCGCUGCUGCGGCCUUAG